AAUUCACAACGCUAUAAUCUCUCUCUCUCAGAAAUUAAUGGCUGCUUCCGGCCUUAUCCUUCUCACCCCUCUGCUGCAAGAGGCACUUUCCAGAGCAACUUCAUUUGCUGCUAGACAGGCCAGCCUCGCACCUGGUUUGCAGGAGGAGUUUGCGAAUCUUGCUCGGUUGCUAACUACAAUUCAAGCUGUUGCCGAAGGCGCUGAAGAGAUGCAAGAAAGUGAUCCGGCCAUAAGGCUUUGGCUGCAGAAGCUCAACGACGCUGUUUAUGAUGCGGUGGAUACACUGGAUGACUGUGACUAUCAUUAUCUUCAGCCAAAAGUCGAGUCUUGGAACCAGAAGUUGAAACAGGUUGGCACCUUCAUUUCUCCCUUCAAUCUUGAUGCCUUUGGUCUGGAGAUGGCUAAAAAAUUCAUGAUUAUUAAUGCAUCUUUGUCUGAAAUUAGAAAGGAAGUAGAAGUUAUUGAACUGAUUAUCCAAUUUAGAAAGCUAGAUCUUGCAAGUGCUAGGCCAUAUUAUGAGAGAGUCCACCUUCUUGAUAGUUCAAAAGUUGUUGGAAGACAAGGUGAUGUCUCAGAACUUAUCAACUUGUUGAAUGACCAAAGGAGUCAACAUCCGAUCUCUGGCAUUUCCAUAGUUGGCAUGCCAGGUGUUGGAAAGACAACAGUAGCAAGAUUAAUUUAUAUGAAGGCGGAGGAAGAAAAGCUCUAUGAUCUAGUGGCUUGGGUGUGUGCAUCUGAGGGUUUUAAUCAGCAAAGAAUUUUGGGUGACAUGUUAGAAUUCUUCAACAUUAGGAGUGUCCGUCCCGAUACAAUUGAGGUGCUGCUUCAAAAUCUAGGCAAAGAAUUAGAAAAAAAAACUUUUCUUCUCAUUCUUGAUGAUGUGUGGGAGAAAGAUCCUAACAAAUGGCAUGAUUUUACCUCUCUUUUGUCAAAAGUUGUGAAAACAUAUGGGAACUCUAUUGUUCUAACAACUCGUAGUAAAGGUGUAGCAUCUAUGGUAGAAGUGGAACUUCCUAUGUAUAGGAGGUAUGAUAUGCAGGGGCUAUCAGAUGAUGAAUGUUGGAUGAUAAUUAAGGAGGUGGUUCUUAAUUCAUCUGCCAAAACUUCCAUACCUUCAGACACUAUUGGGCACUGUUUUGCAAAACAAUGUGGUGGGUUGCCAUUGGUUGCAACUGCCCUAGGAAGAACAUUGAGCAGUCAAACUGAGGCAGAUAAGUGGUUGGCCAUCAGAGCAAAUAAAGAAUGGAAUUUGGAAUAUAGAAAUAACGUUUUGUUUGUAGUAAAAAUGAGCUUGGAUCGCAUGCCUUCUGCUUUGAAAAAAUGCUUUUCUUAUUGUUCAAUUCUUCCAAAAGGUUUUGAAAUUAGAAAAGAUGAUUUAAUUCAGCUGUGGAUGGCCGGAGGAUUUCUUCAACAAUCUAAUGAAAGCUCUAUAACAAUGGAGGAAAUUGGAAACAAGUACUUUGAUGAGUUGUUAUCCAAUUUCUUAUUCGAAGAUGUGGAAAGGGAUGCAUAUGAGAACAUUCAUGUUUGCACAAUGCAUGAUGUGUUGCAUGAUCUUGCUCUGUUUGUUUCAAAAGGUGAAACUUUGAUUUGGGAGAUUGGUUCCAUUAUAAAUUCUAAUAUUCGAAAUUUGAGAAUCAAGUAUGAUAGAGAAGUGCUUUCAACCUUUCCUAGAGGUGUUUCUCAAAGGUUGCAUUGUUUGUUCUUGGAGGGUGAUGUUUCCUUUAGCAUGGAGUCAGAUCUUAAAAACUUGCGAUCUUUAAAAUUAGUGGGAGCUCAAACUGAAGUAUUGCCAGUUUCUCUUGAUGAAUCAAAACAUUUGAGAUACCUUGAAAUCGCAAAAAGUAAUAUUAAAGCAUUACCAAAAUCUUUCUCCAAGCUCUACAUGUUGCAGACUUUAAAAGUUGAGCAGUGCUCAUAUCUUCAAAAGCUUCCUGAUGAUACAAGCAAACUUGUUAGCUUGAGGCAUCUUUAUUUCUAUGAUAAGACGCUCAUGCCGAAGGGGAUUGGACAAUUAACUUCACUUCAAACCCUAUCCCAAUUCUGUGUGGGAAGAGAAGAAGGAUUUAGGAUUGAAGAACUUGGAGAGUUAAGCCGACUUAGAGGGAGACUGCAGAUUCAGAACCUUGAUAAUGUAACAUCCAAAUCAGAAGCCACUAAAGCAAGAUUGAAUGAAAAGACAGAAUUAUACAAGUUGCUAUUUAAAUGGGACCCCAUCAACAACAUUGACAAACAUGAGGAAGUUCUAGAGGGUCUUCAACCUCACUCAAAUUUGAAAAGUUUGUGCAUUAAUUAUUAUAUGGGUGAGAAAUUCCCGUCGUGGAUGGUCAAUUAUACUGCUUCAUCUCUGCUGGACAACCUAGAGGAGUUGACAUUAUUGAAUUGCGACAAAUGCACAUGUUUACCCCCUCUCGGACUAUUGCCUAAUCUUCAGUUUCUUCACAUUAGCUGGAUGGAUAAGGUAGAAAGCAUGGGUUGUCUCAAUAGAAGCAAAAGUCUGAGUACAGGGGAAAAUUCAAUCACACUGUUCCCAUCUUUGAGAAGAUUUUUCUUGAGUUUUAUGGAAAGCUUAGUGGAAUUGGUUGAAGUUGAUGAGAAUGCAGCAGCAGGAGGCAAAGGUGAGGUGCUGUUCCCUUGCGUCAAGGAGUUGCAGAUUCUUCAUUGUUCAAAUCUGACUGAUAUCUCAUAUCUAAAUGGGCUCACAUUUCUUGAAAUACUUUGCCUCGAUGGAUGCAAUGAAUUAACUUGCCUACCAACUGGGCUUGGAUCCUGCAUCUCUCUUCAGGAGUUGAAAAUUAUUAGUUGCCCUAAUUUAAUUUCCAUUCCUGAAGAUAUCGGGAAAUUGUGUUCUCUCAGUAUUCUUAUAAUAAAAAAUUGCCAAAAUCUAAGGAAUUUUCCAGAGAAGUGCCUAGGUAGGCUCACCAGCUUGAAAGAGUUAAGAAUAGGUGGUCUUGAUGAGACAUUGGAGGAAUUCCCAGGACUCACUUCCAUUCACAACCUUCAUGCUUCCCUUGAAAUAUUGGAAUUGCAGGAAUGGGCUGGUCUAAAGUCUCUACCAUUUCAGCUUCAGCAUCUCACUGGCCUCAAGCAAUUAAUUUUACAGGACUUCAUAGUAUUGGAAGGUUUGCCGAGCUGGCUGGGUGACAUCUCUUCUCUUACAUUUUUAAGCAUUGAUAGCUGCCCUAAAUUCAGGCACAUUCCAGAGGAGUGGCUAGGUAGGCUCACCAACUUGAAAAGGUUAAGAAUAGGUCCUCUUGAUGAGAGUUUGGAGGAAUUCCCAGGAUUCAACUCCAUUCAUCAACUCCAUGGCUCCCUUGGAGAAUUAGAAUUGGGUGGAUGGGAUAAACUAAAGUCUGUGCCACAUCAGGUUCAACAUCUCACUGCCCUUAAGACAUUGGAGCUGGGGAACUUCGAUGGCCUGGAAGGUUUGCCAGAGUGGUUGGGAGACCUCUCUUCUCUUCACAGCCUGGAUAUUUGGGGUUGCUCUAAUUUGACUCAUUUGCCUUCUAUUGAAGCCAUGCGACACCUCUCCAACUUACAAUAUCUUUGGAUUUGUGGUUGUCCCAAAUUGGAGGAAAACUGCACCAAAAAAAAGGGCCCCGAAUGGUCCAAGAUCUCCCACAUUCCCAAUAUCAGAAUCUGUGGCAAGGACGUGCAGGGGAAAUUCAAAUGGGGUUAGAGAUUAUGGUGUUUUGCACUGGCUACUCUGCUGACUGUUAAUGAUCAAAUCUGGUGUCUGGACUCCUUACGACUUUGUGAACUGCAACAUUUUGGGAACAAGCUUUUCCCAUUGACGAGCACGGUAGCUUCACUAGUAUAAAUGAUGGUGGCAGUCCUUUCAGUUUUUCUUGGAACCUACAGAUCCUGGUGCCAUAGAUUGUGUACACACAUUUUGCAGUAGUGAGGAAACCAUUGAAUUUUACUUGGAAUUAACCAACAGAUCAACUCUUCUACCAUUUCUCAGGGUCUCGUGGUUUUAUGGUAGAAUAUCUCUUUCAACUGCCAACAACUGAAGAAGAUGAGUUUGAUGAUGUAAUAAUGGACAUGCAAUCAACAAAUGGAGUGAAGAGAAACUGGCAAUCAGAUCCCUGUGCACCAAGUUAUUGUGUGUAGAACGGUCUCAAUAGCAUCAAUGUGGUUAUGAUAGAAUUAUGACUUUGAGGAGAUGAGGAAUGCGAUGAAGACAGAAUUAUUGGAGCUGGAAUCCAGUAUUUUUCAGUGUUCAUCAAUGGUGAUGCAACAAGAUUAUAUGCUUCACUUUCUAAAAUGCGAGGAGUGGUUGGAGACGGAGAAUGUGAACAAGAAAAAAAAAAAAAAAAAAAACCAAAAGAAAAGGUCGUGAUUAUGAAGCACAAAUUAAACUGUGUUGAUUGCAUUUCAUUUAUUUUGCUUUGAUUCAUUUCUAAAGAAUAAAAUGAACCCUUGUUUCUUCAGUGCCUCUGUUCUUUGUCUUGGAAAAGCUAUGGCGGAAAUUUACUGAGGCUCAUAAAAGUGUCUUCAAGCAGAUGUGUUUUAUUAUCCAAACCUGUACCUGUUUCAUUCUCAUUUUUUCUCAAAUUUCUUCUUGUACUACUUGUUUUCCCUUUCCUUGUGCUGUUAUUUGAUUGUUUGAAGAUGAUUUUGUAACACUACAUUGACAUGGUGGAGCUAUCUUUUAUUCCCGUGGUUUUUGCCCUUCUAUUCGAGGAGUUUUUAAGCAUAGAAGUUACUUCAUUUCAGAUUAGAGAUUCUAGUGUUUUUGCAGUUGCUAUUCUGCUGAUUAUUUAUGAUCGAAUCUGAAGACCUGACAACUUCUGGCUCUCCAACAUUUUAGGAACCUGCUUUCCUAUUGACGGCUGUAAUAACAUUUGCUACAAGUC